AUGACAGCACUACAUGAAACGAUCAGAGAUAUUCUGUUUCGGUUUUAUGCUCUUAUCGCCUUGGCAGGCGUAGCUCUAUUGGUUUGGCUGGGCACUCAAUGUUACAAGAUCCAGAAGCUGGAGGAGGAAGACCAGCACCAACUGGAUCUGGUCAAGGAAGAACUACUCAAGGCAAAUGAGGAACAUUCAGCUCUGAUUAACGAAGAAGAAAGCUACCGAUCUACAGUUUGCCCCAUUUGUCAUCACACCAUGAUACAAGCUACCCAUGCGAAACCAAAAGAAAAGAACAUUGCUCCCCUACCAAAAGAUGACGAUGACAAGGCUGGUGAAACAUCUCCAUUGAUGGCAAACGACUCCAAAAAGAAGAAGAAGACACCAACAUCCAACCGUUCGUUGCUUUCCCUCCGAUGCGGCCACGAGUUCCACGCCUCCUGUAUUACCGUGCUGAUGGCCUCGGAACGACGGAAUUGUGAUCCCUGCCGUUGUCCCGUGUGCCUGCAAGCCUUGUAGAAAGAAUGUUCUGGCCUAUUACUGGCGGAUGAAGGAAUAUGCAGGAAUGUCCGACGUUGAGGGGGUUUGCCAGACAGAAGUGCAGUAGCCGAGCCAACAGGCAUGCAUUGGGGGUAUUUUAAAAAAAAUGCUAAGGUGUACUAAUACUUGGAGGUACUGGGAGACAAGGCAGCGAGAACGAAUCGGGGUAGUUCCAAUGCCACUACUCGGACAAGGGUUAAUUGUGGGGUUGUAAUACAUACAUACAUUAAUAUUCUUGUUUUUUGU